UCACGAUUGAGAUCAAACAUCCCCAUCAAAAACCCUAGAAACUUCGAUUCCCCGUCCGGUUCCACUUCCUGCUCUUGCUCUUGUUCUUGUGGAGUGAAAAUGAAGGUGGUUGCUGCUUUCUUGCUUGCCGUAUUGGGGGGGAACACUUCCCCUACCGCUGAUGAUUUGAAGGCUAUUCUUGGAUCAGUUGGAGCUGAGGCUGACGAUGACAAGAUAGAGAUGCUUCUGUCCGAAGUCAAAGGCAAAGACAUAACCGAACUAAUUGCUAGUGGAAGGGAGAAGCUGGCUUCAGUUCCUUCUGGUGGUGGUGCCGUUGCCGUUUCCGCUCCUACAACUGGUGGGGGUGGGGGUGGAGCUGGUGCUGCACCUGCUGCUGAGGCCAAGAAAGAGGAGAAAGUCGAGGAGAAGGAAGAGUCCGAUGACGAUAUGGGUUUCAGCCUCUUCGACUAAGCAAGUAUUGCUGGUAUCAAAGAAUUGCUCUAAUCAUAUGCAGUCAGUGCUUUUAUUCUAGUUGUUUAUGUUUCUUGGUGUGUAGUUGGGCAUGGCUUUAGAUAUUCUUGGAACUUACUAUAAGAUUUUGUUUGCAAAAUAGAGCUAAAGAUGUUAACAUUGUAGCUAUAAUUAUGGAUUGGAUGGCCGAUGCUUGUGGAUGAGUUUGCUGAAUGAAUAUAGCUACAUUAUUG